AUGCGCGUCGUUCCUCCCUACUUUUUCUUUGCCCUCAUCUCUGCCGCAUAUGCUGCCCCUGCUCCUGUAGCUCCUGCUAGUAGCUUUCCCAACACUGAAGCUGAAGCUUAUGCUUCCAACCUUCCCCCUGAUCCUCGCACGCUCCCUGAAUUACGAGCUUUUUCUGAUGUCAAUGACAGCAUGAAAACUAACUUAGCCUAUGGGAAUGUACCCUCCGGAACACCUCCCCAAGUACGAGGUACAGCGAUCACUCUUGAGCUUGAAGGACGACAACCUGGAAACGACAAGCCAAAUAUAUUCGCAGCCAGCAAUUCCUUGGUCAAGACUGUUCGAAUUAAGUUCGUGGAACAGUACGAUCAUGCUGGAUCUGGAGCGCCCCAGCGUUUCACAGAGGGCGCGCCAACCUGCGUCGAUGAGUUGUUGAAAAGGAUAAUUGAAAUUUGGAAACCAAAUGUCCCAUUCACUUUAACCUACAUCAACAGUUUUUACGAGGUGCUCUCGGACGGAUUUGCUGUGCCUCCUACUGAAUUCGAGUUUUAUGUGUCUGGAAUAGGAGACUGCUUUCCGAAGGGAGCUGCUGUGGAAGGAGCCAGAUCUCGGCGAUCCUGUCAUGCAGUCGUUGACUCAAAAAAGAUAAUUAUCAAUAGAGAGGAUGUGAAGAAGGGAACGUCAAUGAUCUUCUCACAGGAGCUGCCGAAGAAGUUAUGGCGGCCAGGGAAUCCAAUCGAGGAAUAA